GAUAGAAGCAUGUCGAAUUUCCAUAAUGUCGAGUCACCCGAUCAACUCACAGAGCUCCUCUCGCAAGAUUUGGAGCGUGUUUCCUUGUUGAGCUUUUGGGCGCCAUGGGCAGAGCCUUGCAAAGAGAUGAACAAGCAUGUCGAGGAGCAUGCAAAACAGUACUCUGAUGUUCUUUUCUUAUCGAUCGAUGCCGAAGGCCAAGACGAAAUCGCAGACUCGUUCGAAAUAGAAGCAGUCCCGUCUUUCCUCCUCCUUCGUGGCCACACUCUUUUGCAGCGAUUAACAGGCGCUGACAAUAAUGCACUAACCAGUGCACUUGCUCAGCAUGGACGUAGGCCUAUCAAGGCGCUUUCCCAUACCGAUAAAGCUCCCGCUGCCCCACCAGCUGUGCCGGUGAAGAAAGUUGAGACUCCAGAAGAAUUAACAGCCCGUCUCACAAGGCUCAUGAACAUGGAUAAAGCGGUACUAUUCAUGAAAGGCUCUCCCGAUAAACCACAGUGCGGUUUCUCUCGCAGGAUGGUAGCUUUACUCCGAGAGCAAAAUGUUCCUUUCACCCACUUUGAUAUUUUCACUGAUGAAAGCGUGCGGCAAGGUCUGAAGGUGCACAAUAAGUGGCCGACGUUCCCGCAAUUCAUCGUGAACGGAGAAUUCGUCGGAGGACUGGACGUGGUAAAAGAGUUGGUUGAGAACGAAGAAUUCGAGGAUAUUGUCAAGGACAUCCGUGUCGGGACCUAAGAUACUAACUGUUUGCAGGCCCAUUUGAUACAGUUCUAAUACAAUGUACAUUUAUAGCUUGGUGGAUUGCGCCACAUAGGGGUUUGAGCAAGUGUGCUGGUUUACUCGGUGGGACCGCUCGGACUGAACGGAAUAUAACUUACCGCCCACCUGA